UCUUAUCACAGUAUGCAUGCCUGUGUUCUCAUUCAACACGUUCGUAUCAAAUCUAAACCCUAACCUAUUCAUUCCUGAGUUUCGCUUUAGAAAACAUGGCAGCAGCCAGCGGCUGGCUGCUAAAUAGUCUUUCUUCAACAUACAGGCAUGUGACAGGCCUUAAUUUUUGUCCCAUUGGUUUUCUACAAAUGCGGAACUAUGCUGCUAGAAAAGGUACAAGAGAAAAGGCCAAGAAGAAGAAAGUCAAAAAAAUUAUUGAAAAAGUGGGUUUUAUUCCACACAAUCAGAGACAGACAAGAAUUGCAAUACAGAAGGGUGAAACCAACGUUGAAGAUGUUAUAUUAGACGACAGUCAAAGGACAGAUCCAAUAGAUAACGUAUGGAUAGGGAGAUAUCACAAAUGGAAAGUUUAUUCCUUUGAGGAAGCAGUACAAAAUCAUCGAGAAACGCAUCAUCCUACUAUGUAUAAUUUACCAAAUGCACCUAUAAAAGCAUUUAUAGAAUUGGAUAUGCAGGAUGCAAAAAAGAAUAAAUUUGUAGAUUCUUUUUCGCGGAUAAUAUGCAUACCACAUGCAUUUAGCCAAGAUCAAAACAGGAAGAUAUUGGCAUUUUGUAAAAGUCCUGAAAUGCAGAAUAUUGCGAUAGAUGCCGGAGCUCACUUUGCUGGUGGCAAAGAUUUAAUAAAAAAGAUUCAGAAUGGAGAAUUCUCAAUAAAAGAGUAUGACAUUGUUGUGUCGGAACCAACCAUUUUACCUGAUUUGUUAUUAAUUAGAGGGAUUAUGAGAAAGAAGUUUCCCAACACUAAAAUGGGUACUCUGAAUCCUGACAUAAAGAUGCUUGUAACAAAAUUUGUAACCGGCAUAAAAUACACAGCAAAACCACAUGAUGUUGUGAAAUUUUAUGGUACCAUCGAUAUUGAAUUUGGAACGCUCAAUAUGGACACGAAACAGUUAGAGGAAAAUUUCGCCGCUGUUGUCCAGGACGUUGAUGCUGCAAAGCCACGUCGACCUGGACCUUUUAUCACCAGAAUUCGCAUUACGUGUCCACCAUCAGGAGAAAUGUUUAAAGUUAACUUUGAAGAAUAUAUAUCUACAGAUAGAGUAUCAGGAGAAGAAGUAGAAGACGAUGAAAAACCAGACGCUGUUAUUGCGUCUCAUUAAUUUCUUGCUCAUAGAGAUAUAAGAAUAAAGUAAUAUCUUUAGUUAAAUAUAUAUAUUAAUUAUAAAUAUAA